AGGCGGCAGCUGGCCAGGCUCUCCCAUCCAUGAUACUUGAUCUUCCCCUUCGACAUGUUCAAAACACAAUUUACUUCAUGGAAACUUCUAUGCAUACCUUCUGACGACGGUAAUGUCCUUUGGAUGGUCCGCGGGCGACAUCGCCACGGCCGUCAAAAUCAUAUAUCAUCUAGUCCAAGCACUUGAUAGUUGUGAUGGGGCAGCUGGUGACUACCGCGAGGCUGUAUCCUUCCUUCGAGACCUGAAGCGGACCCUCGAGCCUCUCCAAACAUUCACAGUAUGGAAUGCCUACCCGGCAUAAUUAGAGAACAGGUUGGAUAUAUCCAGGAGCCUGUUCAGCAAUUUCUGGCACAUGUCUUGAAAUACGAGCCUAGUUUGGGUGUGGGGGCAGCGGAAGGGCAUCAUCGACAUUUGUUGCGGAAGUUGCAAUGGUUUAUCUUCAUGUCGAAGAAGGUGCUGAGCUUGAAGAUGAAGAUUGAAUCGCAUAUGCGAGUUAUCGACACGCUGAUGCAACGUUUGACUCUGUAUAUCGACUCUUCAGUACUUUAGAGCCACAGCUGACUUUGACAUUAGAGAUGUGGUAUGGACAACGCAGCAGAAUCUCCCAGAAAGUCUGCGCUCCACAUUCCAAGAGACCCUACGCCCCGAACUCAUGUCCAUUCUCCGCGAACAUCUUCCGCCACUGAGGUCCACGCUGCUCGAGGACUAUCAAGAAAUGCAAACCGCAAGUCACGACGCUUUAGACACAAGGUUGUCAGAACUCGUUGGAGGGUUGGCUUUGGGUAUGGACGAGAUCAAGCAGCAGAUCAGCAGCUCCAAUUUCAUGCAGCAACGCAUAGAGUCCUGCGUGCGAGGCGAUAGUCCAGGAGCCAAGCAGAAAGUUCUCGAUGCUCAAGGCGGGCAACUCGAGAUCGCAGGGAGUUUAAAAGUCUCCAAUCAAAGUUCAAAUGCAAUUGUGGUGCGAGAUUCUUUAAGAGAAAUCUACUACCUCGUCUUUUUAUACUUAGGCUAUUUUUUGAAAAAUUUAUUUCUUGUCUUGUCACGCAUGGCCCAACCAUCGCGAGCUUUGAUGCCGCAUUUAUUAGCCAAGUAUAACAUAUCAUUUCUUGACGCAAUCGGACGACCAGCACGUGUUCUACCAUACGAGUAUUUCGGCUCCUUCAAGGUCUUACAAGCAUUCAUUCAACAUGAAUUCAGAGACCUCCCAGGCUCGACAUGGGUUGAUCAAGGCAGAUAUUUGGUAUUGAGUCUUACUAAUAAUCAAGUGCUGAGUGAGAGUACUUGGGGUGGCUCUGUCGUUCCCGGUAGCAUGGUUGCAAUGUCUAUGCUUCUGCAACAACGCCUCAAGCCCUCUAAUAACUUGAAUGAGCAACAAUGCCCGGAAAACACUUGCACUGGGACAUGGCCAAGGUCACGAGAUCAAUCAUGGGCAACCUGUCCUGUAUGCCAGAAAGAGGUGUUCAUUUCCGUCUUGUCGAGUGUUGACGUCCAAAUGCGAAACACCAGUGAUCAUUCCGAUUCUUUUAAUGAUUCCUCUUUCGGACCACGACCAUCCAAUAACGUGCUCCAACCACAACAGAGGACGACGAAUGAUUUUGAAGCUGGGCGGCUUGACGAGAAUUAUUACCCCGACGAUGAUAUUUCUAUCUUCAAGAGAAUCGUACAACAGUUCGAAUCAGAGAUUUCCAGCCCUCCUGUAGAGCGUCCUCCUCCGGUUCAGACCAGAACUCCUCUCAGCGUCCACAAGUUCCCCACCUUCUUGAGGGUAUUCUAUCCCUUUCACACGGCCCAAAUGGUGACCAACAGCACAACAACACGCCUUCUGCCAGCGAUGGCAGGAGAGCUAUUACUUUUGCACUCAAUAUCCACCACUGGCUGGGCCGACGCCACAUCGCUUGGAUCAGGAGUCAGGGGCUGGUUUCCGACGAAUUAUAGCGUCGAAUAUCAUCCUGACGAGAUGAAGGCGUUACUGCAAGCUCUACUCGACUUAUGGGAUUUCGCACGCACAUACAACAGUAACCAACAGGUCGUGCGUCUUCUCAGUGGGGUAAACCGGAAAAUCAUCGCAGGUGUGCGGUCGCUACUGUUAAGUACCAAUUGUGAGACACGGCAAUCAGAUCUUGUAAUGAGUGACCAGGGAAUUCGAAUUUGUCGCAAGAGGGUGCUAGCCCAUUUGUCGCGAUUGGUGAACCACGCGCAAGGUCUUGAAUCGAUACUGCAAAUGUCUCAUCCAAAUGAUAUAAAUGAGGAAGAUGUUAACACUAGUAUUGAUGAGUUUAUCUUGAAGGGGUUUAAGCUCAUUAAAUUCGGUACUCGAUUCUUGGACGUCGUGGAAGAGGUUGUGGGGUCACGAAUCCAGACUAUCUAAGAAGCUCACCUUUGUGUGCCUUGUGCUUGGAAUACUGAAAUUAGCGGUAGUUGCAAAUAUUCAGAACGGGUAUGAAGGGCUUAUGAAUGCUGGAAAGUCAAUUGAUUGAUGAUUAGAGAUGAUCUGGCAAGAAAAUUAAAGCGAACAGUUUACACAUAAAUUUAGCACUACGACUUCAUUCACCGAAUUGCAAGUAUCUUACAAGAACCCGAGGAAAUCAAUGAGAAUAGUUCUCGGGACCGAUAAUAAUUACAGUACUUGAGCAAAAUAUAGCAAGAGAGACAGAAAUUUUAGCUCUUUAACAUAAGACUUUGCAAGCUCCGAGAUGGGGACCCCAUGUUCCGGAACAGCGUCAGGAGCUCAAUAGAAUACUAGAUUGUAGAACUACCCUACACAUGACGUAAAGCUUGAUCAUGCAUUAAAGAUGAUAGAGCAGUGUGUCAACCAUCGAAAUCGUUCAACACGCAAGAAGAUGGCCGCCAUACCCGUCGGAUAAUUGUAGAUCUGAAAAUCCUAAACGAUUUGAAGACGAUUUCUCUAAAUGCUUCCAUCUCAUAUUCCAAACUUUCCAAUCGCAAACAGAUCCUCACCCAUUCAACCCAUGCCCCCAAUUAGCCGCUUUUGAACAGUGCGAUGGUAUCAGGGUACACAUUCCCAUUAUCACUGAAGUUUGCCAAGUUCACACCAUUUUUCGUUACCAUUUGUAGACUUCCGAUAGUAUUGAGAUUAUAGACAUUAACGU